AACGCGCUCCAUUACUAUAUUUGGUGUUAAAUUUCUACGUAUUCGUCACAGCCGACGCUCUUUUUUAAAAAAAACAAUGUUCACCGUUUAAUGUUGUCUGACUUUAAUAUGUUCUGUCGCUUGGUGGCGAGGCGUUGACUCGCUCUGCAUGCUGUGUCUGGGUUGUUGUUAGCUAACAGUUUAGCUGCAAAGCUAACAUGCGUGUUAUUGCAGCUUUGGGUGUGCAGUUGCGUGGAUAAAAGUGGCGCUUUGUUGUCUUCUCCAGCACCAUCAUGUCGAAAAGAAAAGUGACAUUUCAGGACGGGAAUGAGGAGUUUGAUCUGGAAGACGACGGACCCGCCAAGAAGAAGACCUGUGAGGCUGUCAGUGGACCCGGUUCCAGGUUCAAGGGUAAACAUUCACUAGACAGUGAUGAAGAGGAUGAUGAAGGAGGAGACACACAACACAGCAAAUACAACAUUCUAGCUAGUGAUGAUGUGGAGGGUCAAGAAGGAGCAACUAUCGACUAUGACGAAGGAGUAUCUAUUACACCUUUCAACCUAGAAGAGGAGAUGGAGGAAGGUCACUUUGAUUCAGAGGGAAACUAUUUUAUCAAAAAGGAAAAAGAGAUUAAAGACAACUGGCUCGACAACAUAGACUGGGUGAAAAUAAGAGAGCAGCCUUUCAAAAAGAAGAAGAAAGGUCUCGGGGCCAAACGGGUACGCAGAGCCGGCGAUGAGGAUGAGGCUGAGGAGGAGAAGCAGAGGGAGGAGAAGCAGGGAGACGGAGAUGAGCAGGAGGAGGAAGAAGAGGAGGAGGAAAUGCCUGUGGAAGACCCGCUAGCGUCCUACACCCAGCAUCAGCUCACUGAAGCUGUGGUGGAGCUACUGGAACCAGGAGAAACCGUCGCCGCCGCGCUCCGUCGGUUAGGAGGCCUCGGAGGGAAGAAGGGGAAGCUGAGGAAAGAGAACGAGCCCACGAAGGAGAGCAAAAGGGAUGCAGAGAAGCUGGAUAAGCUCACAGCUCUCGCUGACAGACUGGUCGGAUCUGGGAUGUUUGAAAUCUACCAGCACACCUACGAGAAACUAGGAUUUUUGAUGAAGAGCAUGAAGAGCAAGAAGCCGGCAGCGGACAGGCAGAACCCUGGAGGCAGUGAUGAAGAGGAUGAACUCGACAUGUUUGGGGAUAAAUUUGAUGAGAAAGUUGGAGAAAAAGACGAGGAAGAAGACAAAAAAGUGAGUGAUGAAGUGAUGUGGGAGUACAAAUGGGACAACAAGGACAAUUCAGAAAUCUACGGCCCCUUCACCAGCCAGCAGAUGCAGGGCUGGGUGGAUGAAGGCUAUUUCAGUGACGGCGUUUACUGCAGGAGAGUGGACCAGGACGGGUCUCAGUUCUACAACUCAAGAAGAAUAGACUUUGAUCUUUACACAUGAAUUAUGGCCAUAAAUGAUCCUCAGCAUUUUUGCGGUUUAAUUAUCAUUUUAUCCUAUAAUUCGUCCUCGUCUCUUCUUUUUACAUUUUACCAAAACAGAUUUUUGUGUUAAAUGUAUUUUUCUUUUCUGCAUGUUUUUAAUAAACUUGCUGUGUUUGA